UCCACGCGGUACAAAUCUACUGGACGUUCACUAACCAUAAGUCCCUGAUCAUCGAGAUUCUUUAAAUCCUAGCAGACUAGUACCAAUUUUUUUAAGAAGUCAUAAUUUCCCUCGCCUGCAUUUUUUUUAUCGUUAAACACAAAAAUAAAUAAAGAAAAAGGGUGAUGGAAACAAUAGAUGAGAUUGAGGGAGACGAAAGUUACUUGGAUCUUCUGGGUAUAUUAUUGGGCCCCGACAAUUCUCUCACCAACAGCGGUUAUGGUGGUGUUGUGGAUAAUGAUUUUUUAUCCAGUGUUCUUGUCACACAAGAAAGAGAAUGUUCGCGGAAGAGGAACGAGAUGUUCUUUUCAUGUUAUCCUGUUUCUGUCAAUGAUAUAUAGGGGACGCAGUGAUUCAUGUAGCAGAGCAGGGACCAAAGCUUGCCGCGAGAAGUUGCGGAGGGAUAGAUUGAAUGACAGGUUUCAAGAUUUGAGCUCUAUUUUGGAACCUGGAAGACAAGCCAAAACUGACAAACCAGCCAUCCUAGAUGAUGCUAUUAGAGUUUUGAACCAGCUUAAAGCUGAGGCUCAGGAGCUCAAAGAAACUAAUGAAAAGCUUCUAGAAGAAAUCAAAAGUCUGAAGGCUGAAAAGACUGAACUCCGUGAAGAGAAACUGACGCUCAAGGCAGAUAAAGAAAAGAUGGAGCAACAAUCGAGAGCUGUGGCUGUUCCACCUCCUAGGUUCAUGCCAACCUAUCCAGCAGCCUAUCAUGCUGCAGCAAACAAGAUGCCAGUCUUUCCCAGUUAUGGUCUGAUGCCAAUGUGGCGAUAUUUACCUCCAGCUGCUUGUGAUACAUCGCGUGAUCAUGAGCUCAGGCCACCUGCUGCAUAAUUCUUUUUUGCUCUUCAAUAUCCUGACAACUUUCAGAUGCUAUAUGUUGUCGCACAUGUAAAUAUAACUUGCUAUGCAUUAUACCUUAUUUUGAUAAUUCAAAUUAUUGGCAAGUGUAUUUGCUGGAGAUUGUUAGGAAGGUAGUUAGAUUGCAAGUAUUUUCUCGAGUAAAUCAUUUUAUCUCCACCGUGUAAUUGUAUGUUAGCAUUUUGAUUUUCCCAGGAGCUAUUAAUUAUCUUUCCUACGGUUUGCCAA